AUGCAGGCUCCCAUGGCGCAGCCAGAGGACUACCGACUCAUGGAGCCCUCUCCAUCCCCACCUGCGACGCUGCGAGUACCUAUCCCGGACUUUCAAAUACGCGAUAGUGGGGCGAGCCAUAACACUUGCUUGGAUGAUCUGCUGUGGUCGUCCAGCUCCUUGCAGUCUUCUCCACCAUCAUCCCAAUCGAGCAAUAGCACUCAACACACGCAGAGCCGGGGAGAGACCUUUGCUCACCUUGCUGCCAGCGAAGCCGAUCGCCCGUCUCUCGCGCGGGGCAGGGCGUCGCAGAGCCAGGGUUCCAGCCAGCGUCGCCCCAGCGGUGCCGUCCAUGAGGAACGUUCGAGCUCUAUCUACGCCGUUGCGAGCGCUGCGGGGCCGUUGUCGACACGCUUGGUGAAUGCGGUACCAACGCCCGCUCAUAGCAAACGACACCCUGGCUCACUUGCAGCUGUCCCUGCGCCUCUCUUCACCUGGGAGGAGGGUGACAACGCACGCCGCGUGAGCGGUGGCAGCGACGGGAAAGCAGAAGAGGAAGAGCGCCAGCAUCUUACUGAGCCGGCGGCGCCGCGGUGGCCGUCAUCAUUGUGCCAACAGCGGAAUCGGGUGAGCGGCAGCAGCGGCAGCGGCAGCGGCAUGUCGCAGCAGCGACGAUCAUCGGUACUUGGACCUGACCCGCGCGACUGCAUCGACCUGCACGGCGACGACGUUGUGGAAAAGGAGGCCCAUGCGAGCCCGCUGACUUAUGACCUGCACCAGCAGUCGGCACCCGCUCUGGCUUACGACCUCGCUGCCCUCGUGAACGCCGGCACCAUAGAGCGGUGCCGCAGCAACAGCCGCGGACAGGUAGACCUGAUCGACAACGAUGCUGCUGACGAGGUCGAAAAGAAGGCAGUUGACACACCCACCCGUGUUGAGCCUGCUCGCCACAUUGAACACAGUAGCGACGAUGUCGACGCGAGCUACGAGUUUGAGCAGGAGUACUUCUACUACCCAGCCACGUCGCCUGAGAUGAUCGGUCUCGAUGAAACCGGUGGCAGGGCCACGAGUGUGCUGCGCAGGGAAAAGACACCGAGGCGCGCCGGGUCUGGUUCAUCCUCAGGCUCCUCCGUCCCACGAUGGGUGCUCUCUCUAGCCGAAGAAACUCCCUUCACUCCCUUCGUCCUCUCCACCACCGGCGUGGCGACGGCGCAGUCGCCGUUCCUUCACGUGAGCCCAGCAAGAAGGGCAACAGCAACGGAGGAGCAACUGACGCAAGGACACGUCAGGACAAGUGACGGAGCGCAGCAGCACCAGAGGAUCCCGACACAGCGUCUAAAAGCCAACGAGCUGGUGGCAGCAGUGCUCUCCUCCUCGGCUUGCACGGAAGCUGCACUGAACACAGCUACACCAGUAUUAACCUCAACACACACACCAACGGCCAACGCGGCAGACAAAGUGGAAGACGCAUCAGAAGGCCAGCCGGAAGAACCCCUCCCUCGACGGCCACGCGGCUGCGAUGAGGGGACGCUAGCGGAGCGGGAGCAGCUGCGCCAGCGCGUGCGAGACACACGCGCUAGGCUCGCGCAUGUUGAUCAACUCAUUGCUCGCUUCGAUGUCGUCGUGGCAGCCCGUCAAGCAGAGUUGGAGAAUCUCCGCGAGAAGCAUGCGGUGGUGACCCAACAAGUGGAGAGCUACAAGUCACGGGCGGACGCUGCUACCAGGGAAGUGCGUCGCCUGCGCGAGCGGCAGCACGGGGAGGACGAGGUGCGCCUUCUAUGCAAUAUGAUGGAGGAUAAAGAGAAUCGCCUGCGCGUCGCGCAGAGUCAACUUCUGUCGCUCCAAACUCUGUGGAAGCGGCUGCAGCUACUGCGCACCGCAGCAGCAGAGAGGACGGAGAGUUCUGCAGAAGAACGCGCCCACCAUGUGCCGAGCGCAAGAGCCGACAGCGUUACAGACGGUGGCAGUGCGCCGUGCCUUUCGAUGCAGGCAACUCACCGAGCUGCAGCGGGCAUCACGGUGCAAGCAACGGACAGCGCAGAGGACUCACAAGAAGAGGAGCAGGCGCCGCCGUCCCCAGCCAGCUCGGUCGCCUCUCUCAACACGUGCGAUGCCCUCAGUGACUUUUUCGAGGAACUUCUCAGCGAAGUCGAAGAGCUCGCGAAGGUGUGCAUUCAGCUGCCCUCCGCCACACCAGCCGCGGCGGUGUUCAGUGACCCUGCAGACAAAGGGCCGCAGCGCGCUCAACCAUCAAGGCCUCACCCCACCUACACCACGCUGAACCGCCGCCUCAACGACGGAAACAACGGCUUCUUCAGCUUCUUCGGUGGAGCCACGGAGGCCCAUCUAGACUCGAAGCCGCUCUCCACAUUUUUGGCCAAUCUCGAUCGCCUCGCACGAAUGUCGUGGGAACGGGAGGAGGAGCUGCAGCUACGCGCGCGAGAGCUGGCAACCGAAGAGGAAGAGAAUCACCUCAAAGACCGCCUUGUCCUCGAGUACAGCGCCAAGCUUCAGCAGCCUCAGCCUCCGCAACACCUGAGCAGCAUCAACAGCCGUGACAACGCUGGAGAAAAAAUGAACCCGCUGCCUACCUCCUCGCCCGUUGCGCUGUUCUCGACGAGAGAAGAGGAACAUCUUGGCAACGGAGGUGCGAAAGGGACACCGAUCACCACAUCCCCAGCUAGCCUGCUCAUCCCGCCAAACAACGCAACUGCAGCCUCCACGGACCUCGCCAUGCUUCAGCUUUCCCUUUCCUCACCGGAGCACGGCCGGCGCAGCCGCGUCGGACCCCGCACUCCGAACAGCACCGCUCUCUCCUCCUCCGCCUCUUCUUCGCGUCUGCACCAUCAUGUGACCCCGGCACCGCUUCUGCUGCCGACGCUGGUGUACGCCUACCCCCGUGUGGCAGCCGUAAGCCAGCACCUUGACGCCGAACAGCAGCAGAUCCAAGUGGACUACGCCGCUGCUAUCGAGGCAGAGCGACAGGGCAGGCGACAGCUUACCAUGCAGCUACGCGACACCUACCGGCAGAACGUAGCCCCGGUGCUGCGUCGUACCAUCGAUGCCUUGCGGCGGCAGCAGACGUCGCUUGCGAGGCAGCUCGCCGAGCUCGGGGUCAAGACUGUGAUCAUUCAGUGGGAAGAAGAGGAAGAGGUCAACGACGCCGCACUACUGCGUGCGAUCGAUGAAGCUACUGCGGCUGCCCAGAAGCCCCUACGGAGAAUUCAGAGGUGCGGUGCCGCAAGUAGUCGGAGUCGAAGCCGCGUCAGCGCCAAAAGAUCAGCACACGAGGGAGAGGAAUGCAGCUACGGCGAUGCCUCGUCCAGCCAGUGCACAUCGUUAGCGAGGUCGGAAAACGGUGGGCUGCGAAGCGAGGCAGCUGCGGCCCUGCCGCCGCCAUGCCGCGCAUACCGACGUACACUGAGAAUCACCUGCGCUGCAGGGUGCGAGCGAAAUAGCAUAGAAGGGGAGGAUGCAGCAACGAUCCCUGUUUCGUCGCCACCGCCGUCGGGCCGACACCCUUUUCAGCCCACCACGCGUCCACUCCCCAGUAGCGCGAGGCCAAGCACUGGUCCCGGCUGCCUAAACGCGCGGUCAGCGCGCAAGCGUCCUUCAUCAGCCUCCUCCCCUUCUGAAGCGCCUGUAGAGCAGAGCACCACGACAUCCUCAGCGAGAUUGUGUGCGGCAAGCCCGUCCAAGGUGUACGCCGCGCUGCAGCUCUGUACAAACUCCCCCACCAAAGCCCUCCUCCAAAACCGCAGAGACGCCCACAACGCGACGGGAGAAAGGGAGAGUUACGCCACAGUUGCGGUCGCAUCGCCGAGGCGGGCCCCUGUCAGGACCGUCGUCACACCCAUCGCCACGGCAUCGUUCCGUCGCAGUGGUGGGACACCUCGAGCCUCUGGUGCAACCGGUGCAUCGACGACAACGCGCACUUCCACUGCAGUUGCCAGUGGGCGGAGCAGCAGGGUCUGCGGAAGUGCAGUGAUGCCAUCAUCGCCGCGCCAGAGCUGUGGGUGUGCCACGGCAUCGUCUCCCUGGACAACGAGUCAGCAGCACCGUCGCAGCGGCCUUGGGUCCCGUGCUUUGUCAGCGCGAAUGGGUCGACCUGCAGAAUCCUGUUGUUCUUUUCAAAACCCUGUUGUGGAGGACGUCCGCGAGUUGGUGGAGACGCUUGACAGCGAGUUUGCUGUCCCGACGCGCGUCACCACGACGACCCCAAUGCCAGUCAAUGUCUGGAAGUCCUUCGAGCACACCCGCCAGGCCCUCACUGACGGCGCUGUUCGCGUAGCUCUCACCUUCACCGGUGAAGAGGCGCGCCGCCGCCAAGAAGCCCAAGCGAAGAAAGAGGCGCAUCGGCGCGAGUUCUGGGAGCUGCGCGAGGAGCUUGCCCGCAUUGACGAAGACAUUUUUCAGCUUCGUACCCGCUGGACGGAACUGCAGAGCACCCGGGAGAGCACCGAGGCGGAGCAGCGCAUCAAGCUUGCAGAGGCAGAAGCGAAGGUGAAGAAGUGCCGCGCCUUCUACCAAUCGCUUCGACAAGAAAACGAGGAGUGGCGGAACAUCCACACCGAGCUCGAGCAGGCAAUCCGUGGCAAAACAGAAGACUGA